AUGUCGGAAGGUCCUUCAGAUCCAAACAGAGAAUCCACCAACGCUAAUUACAACUCUCAACAUGAAAUACAAUGGGGUAGAGUUCUGAUCUGCGGCGGUACAGACUGGCCCAAACUAGGUCGCAAAGACCGCGCAGGAGGAAGCAAGAAAGUGCAGGACGACACCAGUGUCCCCGGCCCUGACCUACUCGAGCCUCAUAUCCUGCGCUCCCUCAGCAACGUCAAGGUAGUAUCUAUACAUACCUCCUGUGUGGGGUGUCACGUUGUCGCUCUAGAUAUCGACGGAGUUGCAUGGUUGUUUGGACGCAACGAGCGCUCUGCUUUGGCCGUGGCGGGUGUCGAUGUAAUCUCAGAAAACGAACCUCUCCGCUUGACUCCCCACGAGCUCGGUGCUCCUAAGGGAACACGUUUCGUUUAUGCAGGAUGUGGAAAGAACCACACGUUGUUGGUUGGGAGCGAUGGCCAAUUGUGGACUGCAGGUGCAAAUAACAUGGGACAAUGUGGUCAUCCCGUUUGCCCAGAAGUUGCCUCGUUUAAGCUUGUUCACUGGCCGAAACAUCUUAGUGUCAAGGAGCAUGUGGUUGCGGCAGCAGCGGGAGUAACAUUUUCCAUUGUUCUUACCCAGGGUGGCAGAGUGUACUCUUUUGGCAGUGGAGAGAAAGGUCAGUUGGGGAAUGGAAAGACAGGAGAGCAUAUCGUAACAGCAGGCAAGGUAGCCUUUGACGUUGAACACGAACCAAUCCUGGUCAAAGGUCUAGAGGACUGCAAGAUUGUAAAGAUUGCAUGCGGUCAACAACAUAGUGUGGCGCUUGACUCUGAAGGACUGGUACAUGUUUGGGGAUACAACGGCUACUGCCGCCUUGGGCUGGGGAACCAACAAGACGUGCUUAUUCCAAAGAUUGUACCUCAGUUUGCAGGGCCGAGCGAGAUGUCAAUGGGGGCAGAUGUUAUUGCUGGCCCCUCCAACACAGUUGUCAUCGACAAGCAGAGAAUGUAUUGGAUGGCCGGCAAGUGGAAGAACACUGGAGACGGCUCUUCCGGACAGCCUUAUUCCUCGUUCCGCUAUUUGCAGGAUAUAAUGGGUUGUAAGAUUACCUACGCCAGUUGUGGAGGCGUGACGCAUUGGGCGCUUGCUCCGGAUGACGAUGGUAGUGUGAUGACCAUAGCCUUUGGACAAGGUGCAGCAAAUGGCGAACUGGGUUUGGGACCGAACGAACCGAAGAGUCAGACGAAACCUACACGGCAUCAGCCUCUCAUUGGAAUCGAUGUCUUCCAGAUUGCUGCGGGCCAAAAUACAACUUUCUUCCUUGCGGGGCCGAAUGAGAAGAUGUCCAACUUACCGAGGCAUCCUGUCGACGUCGACGCACCUGAGUUGUGCGUCCUCUGCAACAAGGAUAAUGGAGAUGACGAUGCACCGUUGGAAUGUGACAAGUGUGACCAUCCCUAUCAUCUGAAUUGUCUUGAUCCUCCGUUGGAUGCGAUACCGGACGGCGAGUGGUUCUGCCCUGAGUGCGAGAAGGCCUUGAUUGGCGCUACAGAGAAGGGCGGUGCAAAGAGAGCUGGCAAGUUCAAGGGGAAGGCCGUCGAAGAGGAAAAAGCAACCGCAAAGGCGGGACAGAAGAGAAAGGCACCUGUGAACUCGAAACCGUCAGCUUCGAAACGCAAGAAGUAG